AUGUCUUCCUCCCCCUCCAUGCGAAUCUCUCCACCGCAAGAAGGCGAGGCCAAAACCAACGAAGAGCUCUACCAGCAGUUCACCAACUUGGUGUCCUCCUGGCCGUGCUCCCCUGCCCUCUCCAAUUACCAGCUUUACCGCCACGACAAUGGCUGGCACAGCAGCCUGGCUCCAAUGGUCGGCACGAUGGUCGCCGACGCAUGCUUCGCCGCGCGCCCCUCGGACAUCAUCGUGGCCACACUGCCCAAGUCCGGUACGACCUGGAUCAAGGCGCUCCUCUACUCCACGGUGCACCGGAGGGAGCACCCCGCGGACUCCUGCGGCCACCCGUUUAACAUCCAUGGUUCUCACGAGUGCAUCAAGUUUCUCGAGUACCAGCUCUACACGCAGAACAGGAUCCCGGACCUCGACGAGCUCCCGGACCCAAGGCUCUUCGCCACGCACGUCCCCUUCGUGUCGCUGCCGAGGUCGGUCGUGGCGUCGGGCUGCAAGAUCGUGUACGUGUGCCGCGACCCCAAGGACACCCUCAUCUCGCAUUGGAACUUCGCGAACAAAUUCAGGGUCAGGGACGGUCUGGAGCCGCUCUCGGUUGAGACCGCCGCCGACUACUUCUGCGACGGCGUGUCGCCGUUCGGGCCGUACUGGGAUCAUGUCCUAGGGUACUGGCGCGCGCACUCCGCGAACCCCGAGCAGGUGAUCGGGAUGAGGCUGGCCAAGUUUGUUGGAUGCCCGUUCAGUGUGGAGGAGGAGGAAGUCUGCGCGGUGGACGCCAUCGUCAAGCUGUGCUCGUUCGAGCACAUGACCGGGCUUGAGGCGACCAAGGGCGGCAAGACAGAGCUCACGUUUGGCGUUGUGGAGAACAGCUCGUUCUUCCGGCGCGGCCAGGUCGGGGACUGGGAGAAUCAUCUAUCGCCGGAGACGGCACGAAAGAUCGAUGCCAUCAGCGAGGCCAAGUUUAGGGGCUCCGCCACCGCUUCGCUGAACCUCACCGUGUCACCGCUCGGGGCGGCCCUCUCUGAUGGCACCUCCUCCUCCACUGUGCUGCCGCCCUCGAUACAUGCCGUCAACAUCGGGGUGCACAUCGACUUCAAGCUGGAUCCCAUCUCCGGCAACUACUCGAAGUGGCGCUGCAUCAUGUCCUUCGUCUUUCGCAAGUCCGGCGUGGAGAGCCACGUCCUCGUCCACUUCGAGCCCCUCCAGCAGACGUCUCAGUGGUGCCAAGAUGAUUUCCAGAUCCUUCUCAUGAUCUACGUCCAGGGCGACCUCCGGAUAGGUGAGUACUGCCGGCGCCUCAAGGCGCUCGCCGAUGAGCUCGACAAGCUCGACGAGCACGUCUCCGACAAGACUCUGACCCUGCAGCUCAUCUGCGGGCUCUCUUCGUGGUUCCAGGUGAUGGUGUUGCUGCUCCCAAUGCAGGUGUCGUUCCCCAACUUUGUCUAG